AUGGCUUCUUUACACCAAGGUGUUGGGCGAUGCAUUCUGCUCUGCGGCUGCAUGGCACCGGUCCUGCGCCGGCCCUGGCAAUGUUUAUCGGCGUUCCAUUCAGGUAGAGCAACGCCGUCUACGCACUCGCCGUAUUCCACGGCGGGAAUGCGACCGUCACACCGUAAUGCAUGCACCCCAACACAGCGGCGAUCAGCGCUUGAUUGGUGUCGUUGGCGUUCUGUAAGGUGUGGCAUUCCUGCUGGCGUGUGCUACUUCAUUGCUCGCCACGUGGGCGCGAGCUUCACGAGGUACUGGCAGUUUUCGAGGAAGCCGUUGCAAGAGCGCCUGCUGUACCCCGUCGGGUAUUGGUAUCCCGCGGCGCAGCAGCGGAUGUACGGCGGCAUGCUGACGAACAUGAGGGGCAGCCACGUGUACUGGUGCGUGUUCCAGCUGUUGGUGCUGUGCGUGGUGUGCCUGAUUGCGGCUGUGCACCCGCCCGUGGGAGGCUGCCACGCCCAGUACUUCUGCAUGGCGGCUGUGCUGCUUGCGGGCGCGGGCGUGGUUGCCUUCACGAACAUGAUGCGCUCGGCCUUCCUGACGGUGAUGCGCGCGGCGAGCUUUGCGCUGCUUGCGGCGCUGUGCCUUGUGAGCGCGGCAAACCACCUUGCGCCGAGCGACGGCGGAGCGAGGGCGUACGCGGCUCUUGUGCUGCUGCUGACGACUGAGCUGCCUGCGGUCACUGUGUACAGCGUCGUUGUGUGGUACAUGGAGGACCGCCACUGGCAGGAGCUGCGCGAGCCGCAGCGUGGAGGGCUGGAGGCGCUGCUGCGCGAUGGCGAGGAGGGCGACGAAGAGACGCAGAAGCCCCACGAAAUGACGUCAUUGUCGUGCGCCUCAGGCACCACCGUUGCGUCGUCGUACCGACCACCCGCACCGCCGUAG